UGGGCAACUUUGACUACGAACAUACGCGAGAUUCAGAAUCACAGGGCAUUUACGCUGUCGUUCGAGGAAAACUAUCGACUGGCGUAUCAAAUGGUUAUUCAAAAGCACGGCGAGAUGCUCUAUCAAGGCGUCAGCCUUCUCGUCGUCCAGAACCUGGAUCGACUGGCCCAGGAAGUCAUUUUUCCCGCGUUCCCCACUGGAAUUAGCGAUGACUCUAUUCACGAAAGUCAAGAAGGGGAGAGGCUCCUGAAGGCACUGACGAACGUCUUCGAGGAUCACUCAGGGAGCAUGGUCAAAUUGAGUCAGAUUCUCAAGUACAUGGAUCGAGGCUAUGCCCAAUCUAACAAGUUACCUGAAGUGUUGGACCUGGGUCAUCGACUGUUCUUGAAACAUAUCAUUCGUCCACCAAUAAAGGAACACGUCUUUUCUGCUAUCUUGAGCAUUCUUCGUAUUGAACGCGAGGGGUAUGUCAUCAAUCGAUCUGCUGCUACAGGGUGUGUGCGUGUACUUUUGCAAUUGAGUGGUGCCUCGGAUGGGACAACGGUCUACAAGCAAGAUCUCGAGCCGAUGAUUUUGAAAGAAAGCGAGGAAUUUUAUAAAAUGGAGGGCCAGAAGCUGUUGGAAACAUGUGAUGCCUCGGAAUACCUGCGCAGAGUUGAUACUCGAUUCGUCGAAGAACAAUCCCGCGCGCAUCAAUAUCUAUCCUUGCAAACUUCAGGACCUCUACGACAGAUAUUACAGGAUACUCUCCUUUCUCCCCAUUUGUGGCAGGUCAUCAGCAUGCCAAACUCGGGACUUGAUGCCAUGAUUGAUCUAGAUAAAUUUGACGACUUGAAACGCCUUCAUCAAUUGUUCAGUAUGGUACCAGAAGGACUCCCCUGCCUUCGGAAAUCUCUGAAAGGUUCUGUUGGUCGACGAGGAGCAGAAAUCAGUGGCAGGAGCUCAAAUAUUCAGUUGGGCGAGGGCGAGAACGAGGAUGAUGCGGAGUCGGAGAAAGGGAAAGGUAAGGAGAAAGGACAAGAAAAGGGCAAGGCUCGACCUCCAAACCCCAAUGCCCAGAGUCUAGCCAUCGCCCUGAAAUGGGUUCAAGAUGUUCUACACUUGAAGGACAGAUUUGACUACAUAUGGAAGAAUUCAUUCGACAGCAACCGUGAUUUGGAGAGCGGAUUGAACGAAGCCUUUGAAUCAUUUGUUAAUGCCCAACCUCGCGCUCCGGAGUUCAUAUCGCUGUUCAUUGACGAGAACUUGAAGAAGGGGUUGAAAGGAAAAACAGAUGCAGAAGUCGAAGCUGUGCUCGACAAAACCAUCACAGUCUUCCGAUACAUUACGGAGAAAGACGUUUUUGAAAGAUACUAUAAGGGACAUCUAGCUAAACGUCUUCUAUUGGGUCGGUCAGUCUCCGAUGAUGCGGAACGAGGGAUGCUCGCCAAGCUCAAAGUGGAGUGCGGCUACCAGUUCACACAGAAGCUGGAGGGCAUGUUCCACGAUAUGAAGAUUUCGUCCGAGACGAUGCAAUCGUAUCGGACCCAUCUCGAGAAGACGACUGCACCUGAGGUAGAUAUAUCCGUCAUCGUCAUGACAUCCACCUUCUGGCCAAUGCCUUAUAUGGGCGUAGUUUGUGCACUUCCUGAUGUGCUUGUCAAAACUAGCAAAUCCUUCGAGCAAUUUUAUCUCAGCCGACAUUCUGGUCGGCGGCUUACAUGGCAAUUAUCCAUGGGCAACGCCGACGUGCGCGUCACUUUCAAGGCCAAGAAGCAUGACCUGAACGUCUCGACGUUUGCUCUUGUCAUCUUACUCCUCUUCGAGGACUUGACCGAAGGCGAGUUCCUGACAUACGAGGAAAUCAAAGCAGCCACAUCGAUUCCGGACGUAGAUCUGCAAAGAAAUCUCCAGUCGCUUGCGUGUGCAAAAUUCAAGGUCCUGAAGAAACACCCUCACGGCCGAGACGUCAACCCAUCCGAUUCGUUUUCGUUCAAUCAGGAUUUCUCGUCUCCCUUACAGAAGAUCAAAAUCAGCACCGUCGCGUCAAGGGUCGAGAGCGGAGAAGAGCGGAAAGAGACACAUGAUAGGGUGGAGGAAGAGAGACGACAUCAAAUAGAGGCCUGUAUUGUGCGCAUCAUGAAGGACAGGAAACAUAUGACACAUAUCGAUCUCGUCAAUGAAGCGACGCGACAGCUUGCGACUCGUUUCCAGCCCAAUCCGCUCAAUAUCAAGAAGCGGAUUGAAGGUCUGAUAGAGCGUGAGUAUCUGGAGCGGUGCGACGAUCGCAAGUCGUAUAAUUAUCUGGCUUGAUCGCAUAGUUGUUGUUUAGUGUUCGCGCUAUUCGUCUGUCAAAUGCGUAGUAAUUUUAGUUGGCGACUAACGUUGUACCUCUAUCUCUUUGGACCCAUUUGUAUCUCUUACAACCACACGAGAUGUAAUACUUCUCUUCAGUGCAUACU